ACCCACGUCAAUCCAACGCCACAAAAAGUUCCGGUACAGGCUGGCCAUUCGAUAUACGUUCCUCCUCCGACCCCUAAUGCUUGGUUUACACCUUUCUUCCAAGCCGCGAGUUUGGUCAAGCGUAGACACGCUUGCUUCCAACCGCCAAGGUUCCAUGCUCCGCUUUCUGCCUGUGGCUAAUCGUCCCGGCGCCAUUUCCUCUACCAGCUCGUAAUAGCCUUUUAUCUCUUGAAAGCUUACGAUGAGACGAUGCGGUUCUAUCUCACCCGGUGUUGGGCGGCUGUUGAUGGCGUUUCCUUCCACCUUAGAUUUCGGCCACGUAAACUCUCCGGCUUUUCGAAUUUCCGGAUCACUUCCAGGGGUUAUCACACCAUUCGACUCGCAUGUCUGGGGGAUUUUUGUCGUAUACCUUUUAACUAGCUUGGGAGCGGUGCCAAGCCAUUCAUGCUUCUCAAAACUACGUUGUGCGGAGAUGGAGUCUUGGAUUUCAACGGCUGCUCUUUUGUCAAUGCAUUUACACGGAGUUUUCUGUCAUUUUCCAAACAAGGAGGGAUUCUAUUCGACUGUCUACUUCUGUCACAAAUUUUCUGUUACUCUAGAUACCAGCCAGGUUUCAUAUUUCUUUGGCUCAGAGAAGUCCUUGUACCGUAGUCGGUCCCCCAUGCCAGAUGGAGAGACGCAGACGUACUCCUCAGCGGGAGUUUCCUCAACAAUAUACAUAUAUUUGGACGGAGGGACGGGCUGAGAAAGCUCGUCUGCUCCGUCAAAAGGACAACGUUGACUCCCUCAUCAUGACUGCGAUGUUCUCUUCCUAAGGCCGGCUUUCUGAAAUAACUGCUCUCUCCUGACAACCGCGCCAUUUGUGAAGAGCCAUACACAGUCAUGUU